CCAGCCUUUGCACUGAAGAACAGAGUCCGAAUGCCUGGUAGCGAGGAAGAAAAGAGAGAGGAGGUGGUCCCGGUGAUCAAAGCUAACCCCAUGCCACACUAUGGAGUGCCCUUCAAACCUAAAGCCCCCGAGCAGAGGCAUGUGGAAGUGUGCCCCUUCUCUUUUGACUCUCGUGACAGAGAGAGGUGGAUGCAAAAGGAGAAAAAAAAAAUAGAAGAGCUGCAGAAAGAGGAGGUACCGAAGUUCAAAGCACUACCCCUGCCUCAGUUUGACCACAUCAACUUGCCACAAAAAAAAGUGAAGAACACAACACAACCAGAGCCCUUCCAUCUGCAGACAGAUGAACGGGGAGCUACCAAGUUGCAGAAUUGGCAGCAACAGAUCAAAGAAGACCUGAAACGGCAGAAAGAGGCAGCGUGCUUCAAAGCUAAUCCAAACACCAUUGUGCACCAGGAGCCUUUUGUGCCAAAGAAGGACAGCAAGCCAAUAGCAGAGAACCUUUCUGGUUCCAUAGUUGCUGAAAGCUUUGAGCUGGCGACAGAAAAGAGAGCAAAAGAGCGUCAAGAGUUCGAAAAGCGACUCGCUAUGUUGGAAACUGAAAAAGAGAAGCUUCAAGAAGAGGAAAGACAGCAGGAGGCUGAGCGGGAGAAAGAAGAACUCUCCAGGCUGAGACAGGAACUGGUACACAAGGCAAAUCCAGUUCGCAAGUACCGCAGUCUGGAGGUGAAGCCAAGUGACCAGCCUCUGACAGUGCCAAAGUCUCCAAACUUUUCUGACCGAUUUCGGUGUUGAUCUGCACCAAUGUGUAGGAGCCCUCCUUUCCCAGCCUCUUGGGUAUAGAGAAAACACAUGCAUCUAACUUGGGACUCCUCUUAAAUUAAUGCCGGCCUCCAUUAUUUUAUUUGAUAUUGAGUAGCUUUAACAAUUUCACAGAGGCAAAUGGCUGAAAUGUGCUGUGCCUGGAUAGAGAUCACCAGUCAUGUGGCUUCACUCAACAUGUAGAGAUGUUCCUCUUAAAGACCGAGCCAGGUUUUAAUAGUACACGAAUUAACUACUUUGCAUACUUUAAUAAAAUAAAAGGUGUUCUGCCAGGA